CGCCAUGGCCUCUUUAACCGUCAGCUCGGCGGCUAGGAGCAUCGAGAAACAUCGGAAGUCCUUCUCGCUGCUCUUCUACCGGGCAGUGCGGGACUUGAAGCCGGUGUGGAUGCUGGAGGACAUGCGGACGAUGGAGACUUUUUACCAGGAGGAGGACGCCAGCCUGAGGACGUACACCCCUUCUGAGGCGUUGCUGUACGCUAUAGUGCACGACCACCAGGCGUACGCCCAGUAUCUGCUCAGCCGGUACACCGACGAAGCGUUAGCAAAGCCCGGGGAGCGCUUCUGCUGCUGCCCGUCCUCCGCCCCGCACCUAGCCAUGGCUGUCCGCUACGACAGGCGCUACAUUCUCGGCGUAAUCUUACAGGCGGCUCACCGUAUACCCAGCACGCCUUCCUACACCGACCGAGCCGGUUGUUUUCAUAUGGAGGACGGUAAAACCCCUCUACACCUAGCCUGCGAGCUGCUGCGGCCAGAGGCGGUGGUCAUGCUGCUGGGGAACGGUGCUUCCCCGCACGCCAAGGACCACAACGGCCUGACCCCGCUGGAUGUCAUCCUGGAGAAACUCAGGGACUCCAACGGGGUGAGCAACGGUGAGAGGAGGCAGUGUCUGGACAAUCUCCUCAUGUUCAUGCCAAAUGUUCACUUCAAAAUGAAAGGAGCUUUAGGCAGAGAGCCGGAGCGUUGGGAUAAGGUGCUGGGUGAGGAUACGUCCCAGUACCUGGCGGGGAGGAGGCCGGCGCCACUGGUCCUCUGCGCCAUGCAGACUAUCCUGAAGCAGCUGAGUCCAGAGACCUUCCCGGACAGCCUGCAUCAGCUGCCCAUCCCCUCCUCCCUCAAACCGCCGGGUCUGCCUGUGAGCCAGCGGGACAAGCAGAGGAUGGUGUAGCAUCAACAUGACAUGCUGCAUGCUCUGUAUGAAAACUGUCAUAUUUUAGCAUGAUUUAGUGUGUGUGUGCGCGCGCGUGUGUGUGUGUGUGUGUGUGUUUGAGGAGCCUGUGUGACUUUAAAGCAGUAACACUUCAUUAUAGGGCUUUACAAAUAAACACUAACAGUCAGGGAUCAUGUGAAUGCAUCUUAUAUAAAGGUGUGACUUUAAUUACACUGUUAGUCUAGUGGCAUAAUGAGUUGGCAGCUCGAGGUUGAUAGGCCUGUAGAGCCACAUUGCAGAGCAGACAGCAGUGGGAGGUCUCGGGAAUAAAACAGCCAUACCCUUUAAUUUUUUUACACUAAUUCAGGCAUCAGGAAUAGGUUUAUUUGUCUAACCUCGUAAAGCGUUACUAACUGCUGUUUAAGCCACUGUAUCAUAUCAGAGAAGUAGACCUACACUGAUGAGUCUACACAAGCUGUGUUACUGAUUUUAAUUUAUUUGAGUUGUAUUUAACGGUAAUGUUAUUAGGAGGUGAUCUUAUAGAUCAUUUGAAAACAGUUGACUUGAAAACUCUUUGGAUGACUGAUUAUUUUUAAAUAAACAGGAAU